GCAGAAGGAAGUGCUCCGCGCCGCCUCCUUUCCCCUCCCUUUCUCUUCCCCCGCCGACUGAGGACAAGAAUGAGAGAGAAUGAGCCAGGGAGACACCCUGGUGCAUUUGUUUGCCGGAGGAUGUGGGGGCACUGUGGGUGCUAUUCUGACAUGUCCCCUAGAAGUUGUGAAGACACGAUUGCAGUCCUCCUCUGUCACCCUGUAUAUCUCUGAAGUUCAUCUGAACACUUUGAAUGGUGCCAGUGUUAAUCGUGUAACUAGAGUUUCUCCGGGGCCUCUCCACUGUUUAAAGAUGAUCUUACAAAAGGAGGGUCCUCGCUCACUAUUUCGAGGACUAGGCCCUAACUUGGUAGGCGUGGCUCCAUCCAGAGCAAUAUAUUUUGCUGCUUACUCCAACUGCAAAGAAACAUUGAAUAAUAUUUUUGAGCCAGACUCUACCAAAGUACACAUGACCUCGGCUGGAGUGGCAGGUUUUACGGCAAUCACAGCAACCAAUCCAAUUUGGCUAAUAAAGACACGGUUACAGCUUGACGCAAGGAAUCGUGGGGAAAAGAGGAUGAGUGCUUUUGAAUGCGUGCGUAAAGUCUAUCGGUCAGAUGGAUUUAAAGGGUUUUAUAGAGGAAUGUCUGCAUCCUAUGCUGGCAUAUCAGAGACUGUUAUUCACUUUGUUAUUUAUGAGAGUAUUAAACGAAGGCUGUUGGAAUACAAGUCUGCUUCUGCUAUGGACGAGGAGGAUGAAUCGGUAAAAGAAGCAUCGGACUUUGUUGGCAUGAUGAUGGCUGCAGCUACUUCCAAAACCUGUGCUACUUCUAUAGCUUAUCCACAUGAGGUUGUACGAACAAGGCUACGAGAAGAAGGAACAAAAUACAGGUCUUUCUUCCAGACACUAUCUUUACUUGUACGAGAAGAAGGCUACGGCUGUUUGUAUCGUGGUCUAACGACGCAUUUGGUCAGACAGAUUCCAAACACAGCCAUAAUGAUGGCAACCUAUGAAGUGGUCGUCUACUUGCUCAAUGGAUAGCAAUGCUAUCAGCUAUCUCUAGGAUGGGGGAAGACCAAAAGCUUGUAGUGGACCAGGU